GACCUUUGACCUCUCCGGUCCUGGCUCUCCACCUGCUCUGCUGCCUGGGUUCCGGAACGCUCCGCCCUGGGGCCCAGAACGAGCCAAUCAGAAUGAAGAAGAGCCGCAGCGUGCUGUCGGUGACUGGAGAAGAGGGGAAUGACUUGGAGGUAACAGAUGCUGGGGAGAAGGCGGAGCCAUCUCGCUGCAGCCGAUCCUACACGUCCGGGGCCACGCUGGGGGCCGAGCUGCGCAGAGGGAGGACCAGAAGACUCUCACCAAGUCUCCAGGUACCUUGCUGGCUCCGCCCCCGAGAUCGCACUCGUUCACCUGACAUCCUGAGCAAUACGUCCCGUCCCACGACUCUUCCUCUACGCAUCCCUCCACGCAUCUCCAUUACACAAGCAGACGCCGACAGUUACGAGGCAGAAAAUGGCGUGUCCCCAGGUCGUACCCCUCUGGGUUCCCAGAGUCCAAGCCUCACUUUGAACACCUCCUUCCCUCAGGGCCAGAGAAGAGAGUCCUUCUUGUACCGCUCUGACUCAGACUACGACAUGUCGCCAAAGACGGUCUCCAGAAACUCUACCCUUGCCAGUGAAGGGUACACAGCAGAGGACUUUAUUGUCACACCCUUUGCUCAAGUACUGGCCAGUCUGCGAUCAGUACGAAGCAACUUCAGCAUCCUCGCCAACGUCUCCACGCCAACAAUCAAGAGGUCACCUUUGGGUGGAGUGUGCGUCAGUCCCAGAGCGACACUAUCAGACCAGCAGUACCAGCAGCUCGCCCUGGACACGCUGGAGGAGCUGGACUGGUGUUUAGAUCAGCUGGAGACCAUUCAGACCCACCGCUCCGUCAGCGAAAUGGCUUCCAACAAGUUUAAGAGGAUGCUGAACAGAGAACUUUCACAUUUGUCAGAGAUGAGCCGCUCUGGGAACCAAGUGUCCGAAUACAUCUCAAGCACCUUCAUGGACAAGCAUCACGAGGUGGAUAUCCCGUCUCCGACGCUCAAGGACAAAUCUAUGAGUCACAUCAGUGGAGUGAGGAAACUGUCUCACAGCUCCAGCCUAUCCAGCGCUUCCAUGCCUCGCUUUGGCGUCAACACGGACCACGAGGACGAACUCGCCAAGGAACUGGAGGAUCUAGAUAAGUGGAGCUUUAACAUAUUCAGAGUAGCAGAGUUCUCCAACAACAGACCCCUCAGCUGCAUCAUGUACACCAUCUUCCAGGAGCGUGAGCUCUUGAAGACAUUUCGCAUCCCCGUUGACACUUUUGUCACGUACGUGAUGACCCUGGAGGACCAUUACCAUGGAAACGUAGCGUACCACAACAGCCUCCACGCUGCAGAUGUCACCCAGUCCACACACGUCCUCCUCUCCACACCUGCUCUGGAUGCUGCCUUCACUGAUCUGGAGAUCCUGGCUGCUCUGUUCGCUGCAGCUAUCCAUGAUGUCGACCAUCCUGGAGUUUCCAAUCAGUUCCUCAUCAACACCAACUCAGAACUAGCGUUGAUGUACAACGAUGAGUCCGUUCUGGAGAACCAUCACCUGGCUGUGGGCUUCAAGCUGCUGCACCAGGAGAACUGUGACAUUUUCCAGAACCUCACCAAGCGGCAGCGCCAGAGCCUUCGCAAGCUCGUCAUCGAUAUGGUGUUGGCUACAGACAUGUCCAAGCACAUGACGCUGUUGGCCGAUUUAAAGACCAUGGUGGAAACCAAGAAGGUGACGAGUUCAGGCGUUUUGCUCCUGGACCACUAUACAGAACGAAUACAGGUACUGAAGAACAUGGUGCACUGUGCGGACCUGAGCAACCCCACCAAGACGUUACUGUUAUACAGGCAGUGGACGGAGAGGAUCAUGGAGGAGUUCUUCCGACAGGGUGACAAAGAGCGAGAGAGGGGCAUGGAGAUCAGCGCCAUGUGUGACAAACACACCGCCUCUGUAGAGAAGAGUCAGGUUGGAUUCAUCGACUACAUUGUCCACCCGCUGUGGGAGACUUGGGCCGACCUGGUGCACCCAGACGCCCAGGAGAUCCUGGACACUUUGGAGGAGAACAGGGAGUGGUACCUGAACACUAUGCCCCAGUCGCCUUCACCUCCUCCUGACAGACACCUCCAGCAGGACCGCUUCCAGUUUGAACUCACACUUGAGGAGCUGGAGCACAACAAUCACAACCACCUGUGUCUGAAGAGCGAACGGAGCAGCCAGAAAGCCAUCUGUGACGAAAGAACGCAGGAAGGCCAGACAAACACGACGGGAGAGGAGCAGAACCACACCGAAGCUGAGAAAGACGACGAGGAGAAUCACAACAGUGAGCAGAAUGGGGUUCGGGAAGAAGAGGAAGAAAACACAGGAAGAAAGGAGGGAGAAGAAGAGCAGGAAGACAAGCAAGAAGAAACGGAGAGAGAUGAAAUGAAUGGUGCACAAGGUGAGGAGACAAAAGAAGAAGAGAUGGAGGAGGUAGACAAGGAGGAGGAGAAUGAUGAAGAAGGUGGAGAAAAUGAGGAACCAGACAGACAGGAAAAUGUAGAAGAAAUGAAUGAAGAAAAAGAGGAAGCUGAGGCACAAGCAGAGGAAAAGACAGAAAGUUUGUCUGAAAGAGAGGAAGACAUAGAUGAAAAGGAUGGAGACACAGAAGGAAAAGGAGAAGAGACAGAAACGGAGGACAAAGACAAGGAAGAGGAACAGGAAGGAAUAGAGGAGGAAGUGGAAGAGGAAGAAGCACUUCAGGAGGCUGAGGAAGAUGACGUAAAAGAGGAAGAGGACAGUUAGUCAACAAAUUCACAGGGUCAGUGAGGGAAAAAGUAAAUGGGAGGUAAAGAGGGGUCAGAGCGGCUCUGACAAGCAGCAGCAUGUCUGUAAAAGAGCUGGAAAACGUCCGUCUGACCACUUUAUUAUGCAGCACUCGUCUGAAGGCCAGUUUACGUUCACCUUCUGAUAUCUUCAAAAGCUCAGAGUAAAACUAACGACCAACAGAGCAGCACUGGGAACUGUGGAUCCUCCUGAGCAGCCAGACUGGUGCAGUGAGCCGACGAGCCGGUAGUGACGAGACUUCUCAACCUGGUGUCUGUGCAUCCAUCACUGCCGUUGGGGAUAAACGGGGGACAUAACAAUAAUAAUAACAGUGGGGGCAGACCGGUUUAAUCAACCUUUUGUAGCUUCUGGAAAUAAAUAAAAAUAAUAAUACUGAAAUACGUACAUGCAAAAAAAGUGUGUGCCCGUUUUCCGGCUGUUAUAGACUGUCACCCAUUGUCUCCUGGUUACCGUCUACGUCUUAUUGAUGAGGAAGAUUACACAAACAUUAACUCAAGAGGAAGUGUUCAGAGAGUCUCAUAAGAAAGAUUGAACAAUGCAGUCUGGGAAGUGUAGUUUGUCAUAUUAUCUCCACUACAACCCCAAUUAUGACAAAGUUGGGAGGUUGUGUAAAAUGUAAACGAAAACAGAACGCAAUUAUCUGCAAAACUCAUAAUCCCAUAUUAUUCACAAU